CUAUAAUUGCUUCGGAGUCUCAAAGUAAUCCUUCAUGUUAUCUCCCGCUUCAUGUUUAGGCGGCGCGAAAUCCAGGUUGUACCAGGAAGUGAGGUGACGUUAUUACACUGGAAAAGUGACCCAUCAUCCAAAUAAAAGGCUAAUUUAUGGAGAAGUUGGAGCUGAGAGGUUCAGCAGAUUGAGUGACCAUGGACACCCUGUCCAGCCACAGCUCCUACCUCCUGCAGCAGCUCCAGGAGCAAAGGAUUCAGGGUCUGCUCUGUGACUGUAUGCUGAUGGUCAAAGGUGUCUGCUUCAAAGCCCACAAAAAUGUCCUGGCUGCUUUCAGCUCCUAUUUCAGGUCUUUAUUCCAAAAUUCCCCCAGUCAGAAGAAUGAGGUGUUCAACUUGGUCAUCCAGGAUGUUAGUGGCAUCGGCCAAAUUUUGGACUACAUGUACACCUCCCAUCUUGACAUCAACCAAGAUAAUGUUCAAGCCCUCCUGGACAUUGCUCAGUGUUUGCAGGUUCCAAAUGUCCAGAGCAUGUGUAAUGCUUUCCUCAAGCCUUGUCCUCCACCUGUGGAGAUCUCGUCAUUUUCUCUUCCGGGCAUGCUGAGCGCCGAGCACGACUGCCUCUUGGGGAACAGUCUUCCUCAAGAUGUCGACCUCCACUGUCCCUCGGAAACGCAGAGGCCCGGCUUUAGCAGUGAAAUGGAUCACACCAAAAGGAUGUCUGUUUCUGUGCCUAAUAGCAGCUCAAACUGUGAUACAGCUAGCAGCACUCAGGCACCUGUAGAAAAACAGCUUGUCCACGGCUACAAGCUCCGUAACUUCUACAGUAAGCAGUACUUCAGACAAAGUGCACUCGAGACUAAUAGUGCAGCCUUAAAUCAAGGCCCGUGCCCUUUAGUGCUGGUUGAAGAGCAGCCAUGUCAGCUCGGGGUCGGCCAGGGAGGAAGCCACACCCCUGUAUGCUCAGGAAACACUGUUCAGCCCAAUCCUCCCUGCACAUCUGUGGCAGUCGAAAAAACCCAUGUCUCUUCUUUAACACCCUCAGAUAAUUUAAACACCCCCAACUCUAACUCAGAAGACUCCCAGCUCAACAAGCCAAUGCGCCCAAAGAAGGCCGUGUACCUGAAAAAAUAUAACUACCUCCGGUCUCAGAAGGCUUUGGAGGAGAUGUUUGCUGAAUCAGUGAGUGAGCCCGUCCUCAGCUGUCCCAAAGAGAGUCAUCGAGAAGAGACUGUGGUCCAGACUGAAGUUUCAGAAGCUCCUGUUGAGGGCCUUAACGCAGACAAGGAGCCGGUCACAGAGACGCCAACAGAUGCACAACUUCCCAGUCCUCCACCUGUCAACCAAGCAGAGCAAAACACAAAAACUGUGCCAGAGCCACAACUGCAGAUAGGAAACAAGCAGUAUUGUUGUGACGUGUGUGGCAAAAUCUUCAAGCACCCGAGCAACCUGGAGCUGCACAAGCGCUCACAUACCGGUGAGAAGCCCUUUCAGUGUAAUGUUUGUGGGAGAAACUUCUCGCAGGCUGGAAAUUUACAGACACAUUUGCGGCGACAUUCUGGAGAGAGACCGUACAUCUGCGAGUUAUGUGGUAAAAGCUUUACUGCAUCAGGGGAUGUCCACCGUCACAAAGUGGUCCACACGGGAGAGAAGCCGCACCUGUGUGAUAUAUGUGGACGAGGAUUUAACAAUUUGAGUAAUCUCAAGGAGCACAAGAGGACUCACACCGCAGACAAGACAUUCACAUGUGACCAGUGUGGAAAAUCCUUCAACACGCACAGAAAGCUUCUGAAGCACAAGGGCCGCCACGCUGGGGAAAAACCACACAGCUGUGCCACCUGUGGGAAGUGCUUCAUCGGCUCAGGGGACCUGCAGCGUCACAUAAGAUCACAUACUGGUGAGAAACCUUACAUCUGUAACGCCUGUGGGAAGAGCUUUACCCGCUCCGCCAUGUUGAGGAGACACAGCAACAGGCACUGCAAAGGGGCUCCAGCCGACAGCCCGGCCACAGACGACCCUGACCCACCUCGUAGCUCAGUGGGAGUGGCCUCGUUCCCCAAACCUGUCAGCCAGAGUAAACCUCCUGCAGCGACCAGUGAGCAGCAUUUCCCAAACAUGAUGCCCCAUGCAGGGUUAGAGAAACCAUCAUCGCCUACUCCUUCACCACCACAUAUAGAGACUCCACCUCCCAGCAUGCACCUCAGCCCAGCUCCUGCCCUGACCCCCCUUCCAGAGCUGCGCUCGCUGGUACCCCAUCACCUCCUGUCCUCCAACCACCAGGAGAGAAGUGCAGCCCUGACUGCAACAGACCACAUGAAGCUUGCCAAACCCCACCAGCUCUCUCAGGAGGCUGUGUACGGGCCGUAUGGGGAGAACGGGAGCAUGUCCGCGGAGAUGGGCAGAGGUCUGGUGGGCAGGCCGUACCUUCCUCCCACAGAUAAUCACUGCAGUUCCCUCACUUCUUCUAGCAGGCCCAACAGUGGCACGUACAGGUCCACUGAGGGCCAGUUUAUCUCCAGUGUCACUCUGUGGGGCCUGGCAAUGAAAACUCUGCAGAAUGAUAAUGACAUGGAGCAGUAAAAUGUUGCAUCUAUUAAGAUAUUAUAUAACAAAGCUUGUUCAGAGGAUGUGCACUUUUCACUGAUGCUUUAAUUAGUUUUGAUUGUUAUCACCUGGCUCUUGAUUGGUCUCUCUGUAACACAUAAAUGGUAGCUCCUAUGAUUAAGCAAACAUGAAAUAGUAAUAAUAUGAAAUGUUUUAUUUAUGUGUUGAGUUUUUCCCGUUACUCAAAAUCAAAGAAAGUGCUUCUGAUUUUUUCUUAAAUUAAAGAAAACGUGUAUCUGAGAAAUAAUGAGAACAGCUGUUGCGCUGCUCUUAAAACUCCCAAGGGUGAUGCGUUUCUGACCACACCCCUGUCAGUGAUGUCACAGCAGGUGUCCUUCAGAUGUCAACAAGUGUAUCAAUCUUGAAUAUCAGAGCUCAUAGAGAAGCAGCACAGCAGCAGUAUGUUGCCCUCUGUAAUUCAGUGGGAAUUUACGCUUUAAGUUUCCAACUGUAAACAUCCCAAGAUGCUUUUCAGCUAAUAAAAGUGUUAAUUACACUCUUUCACUUUGUAUAUACUGCACUGCACUUUAAAAUGUAAAAAUGCAGACCUAUUUUCAAUUAUCAGUGUCCAAUGUUCAUGUAUUAUGUUCAUAAAAGAAUAAAAGAUCUACAUUAUAUUUAAUGUAUUUCACUGUUA